AUGACUCCGACGCAUAUUUCAAUUGAACCUUUGAAUAGCGAGAACUACGAUAUGCGGUGCGUACAAGUCGAAACGUACUUAUUUAAAACAGGGCAUUGGGAUUACGUGAACGGAACAUGUGAGGAGCCCAUGCCCACAGGUGCGAACCAAUCGGCUAUCACGGAGUGGCACAAGAAGGACAAGAUGGCGAGAUCGGAAUUGAUCCUAACGUUAAGUAAAUCGGAACUGAAGAGCGUGAAAGGCACAAAUACUUCUCAUGAACUGUGGCAAAAGUUAAAAAAUGAGCAUCAGUCGAGAGGACCAGCGCGAAAGGCAACUUUACUAAGAAAAAUCACACUAAUGAAAAUGAACUACGGUGGAAAUAUUCGUGAUCAUAUCACCGAAUUUUUUGAAUUAGUGGACAAGAUCGAAGAGGUCGGAUUGAACAUCAAUGAAGACCUACUUGCCAUUUUUUUGCUAAACAACUUGCCGGAUUUAUAUGAAAGUUUUCGAAUCGCCAUGGUGACAAGAGACGAAUUGCCCAAACCUGACGUGCUAAAAAUCAAGAUUAUUGAGGAAUCUGAGGCGAGAAAUGCCAAAAAUGAUAAUGAGCAAAACGCAUUAUUUGUUAAACAAUUGGGUGGCAACCGACGUGGCGGAUUCAAAGGUCGUGGUGGCAGGAAGAUACACAACAGCCGAGAUAUUCAAGCUAGUGAGCGGAACGGACCAGGCGGUCGUCCAUUACACGGAGGUGACAGCAAUAAUAAGAAACACAACGAAGAAGAUUUUAAGUGCCAUAAGUGCAUGUGGAGGACUAAAUCAUUACGCAAGACAUUGCCGAGCGCGCUUUACUGGUGGACGUGCAAAUCAGGCCAAGGAGGAAGACUCUGA